GGUGGGGCGGGGCGGGGCUUGGCACGCCUCUCCGCAUGCUGAUUGGUUGGGGCGCCUGUCAAUUGAGCGGGAUGACGGCUGGGCGGGCUCAGCGCUGAUUGGUCAGAGAGGAACUUCCGGCGGAAGCGGCUCGUGAGGGGACCGGGACCGGCACCGGGAGCGGAACCGGGAGCGGGAAACGCCACCGGGAGCGGCGGCCGCAGCCAUGAACAUCCGGAACGCGCGGCCCGAGGACCUGAUGAACAUGCAGCACUGCAACCUGCUCUGCCUGCCCGAGAACUACCAGAUGAAAUAUUAUUUCUACCACGGCCUCUCGUGGCCGCAGGUGCGGCCCCGGACCCGCCCCGGGACACCGGGAUGGGACACCGGGAUUAACCCCCGGGACACCGGGAUGGGACACCGGGAUUCCCAGGCGGUGAAGCGCUCGCACCGGCGCCUGGGGCUGGCCCAGAAGCUCAUGGACCAGGCGUCCCGGGCCAUGAUCGAGAACUUCAACGCCAAAUACGUGUCCCUGCACGUCCGCAAGAGCAACCGGGCGGCGCUGCACCUCUACUCCAACACCCUCAACUUCCAGAUCAGCGAGGUGGAGCCCAAGUACUACGCGGACGGGGAGGACGCGUACGCCAUGAAACGGGACCUGACGCAGAUGGCGGACGAGCUGAGGAAGCAGGUGGAGCAGAAGGAGCGGGGCCGCCCCCCGGCCCCCACCGAGCCCCCCCGGGCUGGGGAUGGGGUCUGCGGCUCGGGGGGGCCCCCCUCGAACCCCCCACCCGCGGGACCCCCCCCACAGCACCACGAGGACGGGGGGGGCGACAGCAAAGACGUCAGCGAGGUCAGCGAGACCACCGAGAGCACCGACGUCAAGGACAGCUCCGAGGCCUCCGACUCCGCCUCAUAGGGACCCCCCCCCAAAAUCCCUGGGACCCCCGGGAGCCCCCCCAAACCCCCCGGGGACCCCCUUGGUGCUGUGGGGGGGCAUUAAAGCCCCUCAGUCUCCA